CCAGUAGCGACAUCAACAAGUCGUUUGUAGCAGUUUGUAGCUUACAUUUCAUACACAUUGUGGGUCGCUCAAUUUAAAACCAAAAUUAUAAACAAAUUGUACAUCCAAACUUCAUUCGCUUAUCAAAACAUCCGACACCCGCAUCAGCACCAUAACCUAAAACAUCCCUACACGUUCCUCAGUACUAAUUUGUUCUGCACAAAAUAUUUAACUGUUGAAUUGUAGACCGAUGAUAGUUAGCAUGGCUGCUAUGUGUUUAGAUAUGAGACGAGCAAAUGAUCUCAGGUCACGCUAUAAGACUUAUCAUCAUUAUUCUGGAUCUGUUGCUGGUACUGGCACUGGACCUGGAGUCAUCUCCCGUUCUCAAUCUCCCGCUGAAUCAGUUGAAGAUGAGAAACAACGCAGAAGACGUGAGUGGAUGAUUGAGCAGGAAAAAAAACGUGAACAUGAACUUCGUAAGCAGAAGAUGAUUCAGCAGUAUGAGGAACGACGUGCUCGGGAACUUGCGCUAAAGGAACACGCACGGGCAUCUAAUCGAAAUCGUAGUAAAAGUCGCGACCAUCGACGUAGUCGUAGUCGUAGUCGUAGUCGUAGUCGUAGUCGCAGUCCUACUAAAAGUCGCGAUCGUCGACGUAGUCGUAGUCGCAGUCCUACUAAAAGUCGCGAUCGUCGACGUAGUCGUAGUCGCAGUUCUAGUAGAAGUCGCGACCGACGACGAGAUCGUAGUCGUAGUUCUAGUAGAAGUCGCGAUCGACGACGAGAUCGUAGUUCUAGUAGAUGUCGAAGACGCAGCCGUAGCAGAAGUUAUGAUAAAAAUAAUAAAAAUCGUGACAAAAGGAGUCGGGAGUCCAGCAGAAGUCGUAGUCGAAGCAGGAGCAGAAGCAGGUCUUCCUCUGACUCACGAAAACGUGAAAGAUUUCAUCGUCAUGCGUCUAGGACUUUUAUUAUGUCUAAGAGAUCAUUUCCAUCAUCAAGUGUGCCAGUAUUCAAAGGACCUGAAACUGUCCAUAUCCCGUUAGAGGAACUUAGAAAUAUUAAAAUUGAUAUUCACCGAAAAAUAGCCACUACCGCAGCAGCAUCUGGAGAAAUCGUGAGAGACAUUUUGAAUCCUGAUGACAUCGCCGUGGCUCGGAAACAAGGUGAAGGAAAAAUCCCAAUAUUUGAUCGCCCAGAACUUAACACUGGAGUCUCAACACCUGAAGCUAAAGAACUUCGUACGAUAAUAUCCGUGCAAGUCGAUAAAAAUCGUUCAUCCCGAAGACGUGUAUCUUCAACUUCAUCAUCACCAUCUCCAAGACGCCGUCAUCGGUCUUCAAGCUCCCGCCGAUCUUCAAGUUCCCGCCGCUCAAGUUCUAGACGCCGUCGGUCCAAAAGUCCACGUCGGGAGUCUAGGUAUAGAAGCUCGAGACAUGAAAAAGAUUCUCAUCAGUAUUCAAAAUAUAGGGAACGGAGUCGAGAUCGUAGAGAUGACGGGCGUAAAAGUAAAGAGCAUCGCCAUCGAUCAGGUGAAGGCAGUUCACGUGACCACAGACGUCGUAGAUCAACAUCUAGGGACCACGGUCAUAGUAGUCGCUAUUCAACAUCCAGAGAUCGUAAUAGUCGACGGUAUUCUACAUCUAGGGACCGUGAUAAUCAUCGCGGUUCCAGUAGGAAACAUCAUAGUCGCGAUAGGCAUGAUACCCAUGAGAGAAGACCUCAUUACCUUGAGCCAAUACGAAUCCCUUAUUACAUUGGCGAAUACAUGAGGCCGAUAGUGAUCGAUCCUAUGAUGGCAAUGCGGGGUCCGAUGCCAGUCGUCCGCGGAAGAAUGCCACCAAUGAUUGGUGCUCCAAUUCGACCGAAUUUUCCAAACUAUCCGCGAUUCAUGCCUCCAGAGAUGAUAAGAUCACACGGCUCAUCACCUCAUGGUCUGUCACCUCAUGCUCCAUCACCUCCGAUUCGAUCACAUUCACGACCUGGGCGGAUUCUUUGACUGAUAUAUGAAUAAGAGACUUAUUAAAUUAAAUUGUUAGUUAGUUAUCUAAAUUAUGCCUUGAAUCUGAAAAUUGUUUUUAAGAGCAUGUCUAAAUUUUAUGAAUAUCUAUAAGCUUUUA